AUGAUACAUACGAGAUGGUUACGCUUGACAAUAAUGGCAAUAUGCGCACUCGUUGUAUCUGUUUAUUGCAUACCUCCGGUUUACAAGUCACAAGAAGAGAUCAGAGAGAAAAUGAACGCAGUCGAUCUGGAGCAACUAAUCAAACAGUUAGAGGAUGCUGGUUCUGGCCAUUCGGAGAACGAUGCAGUGGAAAAUAUUUUGAGAUAUGGAUUCGAAAGCAACAAAAAUGGUGAUAACAAUAAUGGAAUCGUGGGACCAAUCUUGAAUCAUCAAAUGCUUAUGACUACAUUAUGGAAUCCAAGCUUACAUCGUCUCUAUCAACGUAAAUAG